AGCUGUCGGUAGAACCCAGAAGAAGAAGAAGAAGAAGAAGCGGAAAAAGAAGCUGUUAAAAGAAAAUGAGUCGUCGGCAUUGCACAGAGAAGAUGUCUUCAGGAGGGGACACCGCCUGUGCAGACUUACGUGAGAAAAAAGAUAACGAGAAAAAGAAGAGAUCCCGUGUGAAACAGCUGCUGACUGAUGUGAAGAAGCAGGUGGAAUUUUGGUUUGGUGAUGUGAAUCUUCACAAGGACAGAUUCAUGAAGAAUAUCAUUGAGCAGUCACGAGAUGGAUAUAUUGACAUAGCCGUGCUGACAACGUUCAACAGAAUGAAAAACUUAACUGCAGAUGUCAAAUUGAUAGCCAGGGCUCUUAAAAAUUCAACAAUAGUAGAGGUUAAUGAUGAGGGAACUCAUAUACGACGAAAGGAUCCACUUGGUGAAACCCCAAAAGAUGUGGACAGUCGCACAGUUUAUGUGGAGCUGUUGCCAAAGACAGUCACUCACAUUUGGCUGGAGCGAGUGUUUAGCAAAUGUGGACAUGUGGUUUAUAUUAGUAUCCCCAGGUACAAGUCCACAAGUCAUUCUAAAGGAUUUGCAUUUGUGGAGUUUGAGACACAAGAGCAAGCACAAAAAGCUGUUGAGAUGCUGAACAAUCCUCCAGAAGAUGCUCCAAGGAAGCCAGGAAUCUUCCCAAAGACUUGUAGGAAAAAGACCGUCCCUUUUGAUUCUGUCAUACAGGACAAUGAUGAGGAUGGGAAGAAAAAACAAACAAGCAGAUCUCGAACAGAGCUUAAAAACAAUACUACAGAAGAAACUGGAAUUAAUAAGAUGGAUCAAGAAGAAAUGUUAGAGACUGCAGUUACCAGUGAACCAAACCUUGCAACGUUGACAAGCACAGUAAGCAAGAAAGCCAAGAAGAAAAGAUUGCGAUCUCAAAGUUUUGAGGCAUCAUCUGGGGAAGACCAGUAUGAAAUGCCAUCCAAAAUGAGGAAAGUUGAAGAGGAAAAAAGUGAAUUGAAAGGUAAAUAUUGUUUUAAUUUAUUCAAGUGA